AUGGCACCUUCAAACCCUCUCGCCAACUGGGAGAAGGUCGGCGACAGCUUUUAUCGCAAAAUCCCUGUAUAUGACGCCAUAUUCGAUGAGGAGGUUGAACUAGAGAACUACAUCGUCUCGGGCGCGCCGUACGGUGGAGCUAUCGCGCUUUAUCGCGACGAGAGCAAGCCCAUUAGGCUGCGGGAUUCACAGGCUUCCCGGUCGAGUAUCGAUGUUUAUUCCUGCUCUGGAAAGCAAAUCAAUCGAAUCAAUUGGGAACAAGCCACCAUCCGCGGGAUCGGCUGGUCCGACAAAGAGGAGCUAUUAGUCGUUGCUGAAGAUGGCACUGUUCGCCGCUAUUUCGGUUUGGAUGGCGACUUCACUUCUUUUUCUCUUGGAAACGGCGCCGAAGAAUAUGGCGUGAGAGAGUGUCAAUUCUGGUCAUCCGGUCUUGUGGCAUUGCUGUCCAAUAACCAGCUCAUUGCAGUCUCGAAAUAUGAUGAACCCCGACCCAAGCUUCUAGCUCCUUGUCCGGAAGGUGAAGUCUCAUCAUGGGCAUUGAUCCCACCCGCCCAAACCCUUUCACGCUCCGUGGAGGUCUUGCUCGCUGUUGAUAAGACGGUCUAUUUGAUCGACUCUACAGAGGCCGAAGAUAAGAUUCUGCAAGAUGGUCCAUUCAAACAUGUUAGCGUCUCACCAAUGGGGCAGUUUGUGGCACUUUUCACCGGAGAAGGCAAAUUGUGGGUUGUCAGUAAUGACUUCCAGAGCAAGCUUAGCGAAUAUGAUUCAAAGUCUAGAGUGCCCCCUAGUACCGUGAAAUGGUGUGGGGAUGACGCAGUCAUUCUGGCUUGGGAAGAUGAGAUUCAUCUUGUUGGUCCCAGUGGUGCUUCAUCCAAAUACUACUAUGAUGGCCGUGUGCAUGUCAUACCCGAGUUUGACGGAGUUCGUCUGCUCACAAAUGAUACCUGCGAAUUUUUGCAUAAAGUCCACGCCGUCACGGAGGAAAUAUUCCGACUUGGUUCUGGCGCGCCUGCCUCGGUGCUCCUCGAUUCCGUGGACCAAUUGGAAAAGAAGUCCCCGAAAGCCGAUGAAAACAUUCAGCGUAUUCGCUCAAGUCUUCCUGCAGCGGUUGACACUUGCAUCAAAGCUGCAGGUCAUGAAUUCGAUGCUUACUGGCAGAAACGUUUACUGAAGGCAGCAUCAUUUGGCAAAUCAGUUCUCGAACUUUACAACAGUGAUGAAUUCGUUGAGAUGACUGAAAAAUUGAGAGUUUUGACGGCAUUGAGGGAUUAUCAAAUCGGCUUGCCAAUAUCAUAUGAACAAUAUCUGCGUCUCACUCCAGAGGGGCUCAUUGAGCGCCUAAUCAGCCGUCAUGAGUAUCUUCUUGCUAUCAGAGUUUCAGAAUAUCUCCAGAUUCCUGCAGACCGGAUCUAUGUCCACUGGGCAAGCCAAAAGGUCCGGGUUUCUACGGUGGAUGAUGAGGCUGUAUGCAAGCUCAUUGUCCAAAAACUGGAAGGAAAACCAGGUAUCUCUUUCGAAAUCAUUGCACAAACAGCCUACGAUGAAGGGCGAUCGCACCUGGCUACGCAGCUAUUGAACCACGAACCAAGGGCUGGCAAACAAGUCCCACUACUAUUGAACAUGGAGGAAGAUGAACUUGCUUUGGACAAGGCUAUUGAAAGUGGAGAUGAUGACUUAGUGAAUUAUGUUCUUCUGCACCUCAAGAGUACAAUUCCCUUGGCAAGCUUCUUCCGAAUGAUCAAUUCUCGUCCCAUGGCAUCUGCACUUGUUGAAACUGCAGCCCGAGAUGAAGACCCCGAGCUUCUGAAGGAUCUAUACUACCAAGAUGAUCGUCCCAUCGAUGGAUCAAAUGCACUAUUGUCAGAAGCCUUGCGCGAAUCAGACCCCCAACGUCAGACGGAGAAACUCGCGCUUGCAUCGCGUCUGCUAUCAGACUCGAAGGAUCCCACAGUGCUCUUACAACAAAAACUGAUUUCCGAGGCAUCUCAGCUCCUCAAAGCACAGGAAUCAUUGGAUAAGGAUCUUGCAGACCAUUCAGAGUUCUUGGGUCUCAGUUUGAACGAAACAGUUUACAGGCUUUUCCGGGCUGGCUACGGAAAACGGGCACACAAGAUGCAGAGCGAAUUUAAGAUGCCUGAGAAGACCUACUGGUGGUUGCGCCUUCGAGCCCUGGUGGCAAAACGUGACUGGGGUGAGCUGGAAGAGAUUGGCAGGAGCAAAAAGUCCCCAAUCGGAUGGGAGCCUUUCUAUAACGAGAUCCUUGGCGCCGGAAACACAAAGCUUGCUUCGUUAUUCGUCCCUAAAUGCACAAAUUUACCAGUCCCCGACCGAAUUGAAAUGUGGAUCAAGUGUGGAAUGAUCGUUAAGGCGGGAGAAGAGGCACACAAGGCCAAGGACGUGAACACUCUCGAACUCCUUCGGACCAAGGCGUCCGGUCCUGCAAUUACGGAAAUCGAGCGCAUGAUCAACCAACUCCGGCCGAGGAAAUAA